AUGGUUACUCGAAAGCCAGUUCCUCAAAGAGACCAAACUCUGGCACCCACCACUGCUGCCCCACCAUAUCCCGUUACCCCAAUCUCUACAAAUGCCCCGAACGCAUUCUCAAUGCAAGACGCACGAGCCGAGCUUCGAUCAGCUACAGAUUCAGAUGCCGGGAGUUCGAAUGUCUGGAGCGAGGAAAGACAUGAUAUGCAGCCAGCUGCUGAGAAUACACAUGAUGCCGACAAGCCGCUUCCCGAAGCUUUGAGAGUUGGACCGCCUUCUACUCUGCAGAAUAGUUCUCACGAAUCUUUAAGACCGAGUACGGAAGGUACAAAUCCAUUUUUGCGGCGACAGGCAACGGGUUCAACAAUAAAUAGUGGAAAGGAGAGCAGUGCAGAUGCUUGGGGUGAGAAACCCGCGGAGCCAUCUAAUCCUCCUCCACCGCCACCGCCUAUUGAUCAUGAAAAUGUUCCUUCGCAAAAAUUCUCGAACCUUUCAGUAUCCGAACCAUCAUCGAAUCCUUGGCAACCAGCCCUCGACCAGCAGAGCCGGACACACCCACCUCCUAUACCACAAUUGCAAAGAGAAGACUCGGGAAAUGCAGCAUGGUCUAGCUCCCAACGGCCCAGCCAAGCCCCCCAAAUUCCUCCACUUGAGACGUUGCAACAUGCAGAUCUAAUAAACUUGGAUGAACCAGAAUCCCCCGCUUGGGACGAAGAGGGAUUUGAUGACGAGUCUUCCCCGGUGCAUGGAAAGCCGGCUCCCAGUGGACAUGAUGGGCAACCAAUUGGAGAUAGCCGAAACGUAUGGGGUGAAAUUUCAGGGGGGAAGGGCAAAGAGCCUGUUGCCAGUAACAGCCAAUUCAUAAGCGCCGGUGAUCAAGGACAGUCUGGUGAAGGAUGGGAUUUUAUUGAUCAUGAUAAUGCUGCAUCCGGUGCCCAACAAAGCGGCAUUGUGACAGCAGAUGGAACAGAAACUCAUGUCUCGGAGCUAGAAGCGCCGACUCUUCCUCCAAGGAUAUCACAAGAGCAACCACCAGCCCAGCCUCCACGCCCUAUAAUUACUACACAAAGCCCAAGUUCAAGCUCGGCCCUUGACCCAGGAACACCUGGUUCUGCUGUUCGAACGCAGAAAAGGGAGACUUACGAAAUUAAGAAGAUCACAUGGCAUGAUGUUACCGCUGAAAAAAAUCCAAGAGUUUCCCCCAUCUUGGUACAGAAUGCCAAUGGUCCUUGCCCUCUUCUGGCCCUUGUCAAUGCUCUAUCUUUAUCGACACCUGCCAACGUUGAAACGGCUUUGGUAGAAGCUCUGAGAUCACGAGAGCAAGUCAGUUUGGGGUUGCUUCUUGAUGUAGUAUUUGACGAGCUCAUGUCUGGGCGCCGUGGUGAUGCCGCACAAGAGCUUCCUGAUGUGAGCGAUUUGUACAAAUUCCUGCUUACCCUUCAUACCGGUAUGAAUGUCAAUCCUCGAUUCCUCCCAGCCGCAGCUUCGCAAUCGCCAAAUGACCCUAGAAAAUCCAUGUCACAUGUUCAUCCAAGUGAACGAGAAGUAUCGAUCCCCGGUACUUUUGAGGAUACUCGAGAAAUGAAACUUUAUAGCACCUUCUCGAUUCCUCUGAUACACGGCUGGCUACCAAAACAAGAUUCCCCAGCACACAUUGCCCUUUCAAGAUCUGCAAAGUCUUAUGAGGAUGCUCAAAACCUCAUGUUCCGAGAAGAGGAACUUGAAGAUAAGAUGGACAGAGAAGGUUUGAGUUUUGAAGAACAAGCAACCCUCGAGGAUAUUGCCACAAUCAAAGCGUUCUUCUCGAGCAAUGCAACACAGCUCACCCCUUCUGGUCUAGAAAUCAUCACGGCAUCCUUAGCCCCAGGAGCAGUAGCAAUUCUUUUUCGAAACGAUCAUUUCUCGACACUCUACCGACAUCCAGAUACCCUACAGCUGCUUCAGCUUGUAACUGACAUGGGUUAUGCAACCCACGAAGAAGUUGUUUGGGAAUCACUAAUCGAUGUUACUGGAGAGAAUGCCGAAUUCUUCUCAGGAGACUUUAGACUCGUCGGAGGUGCGCCUGCCACACCUUCACAGUCCAAUACUCAUGAAUCUGGUUCUGGCUGGACUACAGUUGCAGAUCGCCAGAAAGGCUCUGAGCAAAUCCCGAAUCAUCCACAACACCUAAGCACACCUAGUAGCUCGUCAAAUCAUUAUGAGCCUGCACCACCUCAAAGCCCAAAUACUGAACAAGAAGAUCACGAUCUAGCACUUGCUCUUCAACUUCAAGAAGAAGAAGAAGAGCGCCACCGCAAUGAAGUCGCUCAAAGACGUCAAGCCGCAGAGCGUGACGCACGGCUUUCUCAACAGUACAUUGAACAACAAGGGGUACAAAAUAACAAUGUACCCGUCCAUACCCGCGGCGGGCGUGGAGGUCCAAACGGUGCCAGCAUUCGCGGCGGAGCCAGGGGCGGGUUACGAAACACAUCCACAGAGAACCGCCCCGCAAUUCCACCCCGCCGUACCGGUACAGCACCGGCGCCGCCAGCCGACCCAGAAGCAGGAGUCGAUGCACCGCCGCCUAGCUACGAACACGCUUCCCAUCAAGCAGCUUACGUCCCGCCAGAUUACCACCCCAGUCAUCCCAAUCAGCCUCCUAGGCGAACGAGCGCGUAUUCUGCUACGAACCAGGGUAUGCAGGGGAGUCCAGGUCCAGUAGGACAGAGGAGGCCGACGGCGGGUGGACCGGUUCUAGGGCGGAGAGGAACGGCGGGGAGUUCGUCGGGGCAGGAAGCCCCGGCAGGGAAGGAGAGAGAUUGUGUUGUUAUGUGA